UUCCUCCAGGGUGAACUCUGAUUCAAAGUUGGGAAGAGAGGCCUGAGGAGGGACAGGGCCUGAGGGGAAGACACUGUGCUCUGGAAAGGCCAGCAGCACAGUAGGCUCCAACAUACCUGCCCUAUCUGCCCCUCCUGGGCCCUCAGUGCCUGCCAGAAUUGCUGGAGAGGAAGGAGGCAAUGGAGCCAGAUGGGACUCAGAUAAAGCUUGAUCCCAGGUCUUCAGGGACAAUGCUGGGUUGGGACAGCGUGGGACAUCUCAGGGCCUUGGCUUUGCCCCCCAGUCUGGGGAGAAAAAGAUCCUAGAGGUACACAGCAGAUCUUCUGCAGGUGCUGGAGACCAAGUACAGCAUCCCUUCUGCCUGUUUCUCUUACCCUCCCACCGCAGCCCAACUCCUGAGAGCAUUGGGCCCUAUGGAAAUUGCCCUCCUGAGCAUCAUGACCUCGUUUGUCCUGGGCUCAAUUGCCAUCUACCUGGAAGAUGCUAUCUACCUAUACAAGAACACCCUUUGCCCCAUCAAGAGGAAAACUUUGCUCUGGAGUAGCUCUGCACCUACGGUGGUGUCUGUGUUCUGUUACUUUGGUCUCUGGAUUCCUCGUUCCCUCAUGCUUGUGGAAAUGGCCAUAACCUCGUUUUAUGCCAUAUGUUUUUACCUCCUGAUGCUGGUUAUGGUGGAGGGCUUUGGUGGGAAGGAGGCUGUGGUGAGGAUACUGAGGGACACUCCAAUGAUAAUCCACACAGGCCCCUGCUGCUGCUGCUGCCCCUGCUGCCCACAGAUUGUGCUCACCAGGAAGAAGCUUUGGUUGCUGAUGUUAGGCCCAUUCCAAUAUGCCUUCUUCAAGAUAACACUGGUCCUGGUGGGCUUGUUUCUCAUCCCUGAUGGCAUCUAUGACCCAGCAGAUAUUUCUGAGAAGAGCACAGCCCUGUGGAUUAACGUCUUUCUUGGUGUGUCCACCCUGUUGGCUCUCUGGACCCUGGCCAUCCUUUUCCGUCAAGCCAAGCUGCACCUGGGUGAGCAGAAUAUAGGAGGAAAAUUUGUUCUAUUCCAGGUGCUCCUCAUCCUGACUGCCCUGCAGCCCUCCAUUUUCUCAGUCUUGGCCAAUGGAGGGCAGAUUGCUUGUUCACCUCCCUUUUCCUCUAAAAUCAGGUCUCAAGUAAUGAAUUGCCACCUCCUCAUACUGGAGACUUUCUUGAUGACUGUGCUGACAAGAAUGUACUACCGAAAGAAAGACCACAAGGCUGGGUAUGAAGCUUUCUCUUCUCCAGACCCAGACUUAAACAUCAAAGUCUAAGAUAAACAGCUUACACAGCGAAAGAGAUGCUGUACUCAUUAGGAGAGCACACAAUUUCUUCACUGUCUUUCAAUCUUGACCAAAUGGAGGAUUCUCAUUAUCAGUUGGAAGAUUACAUCUGACUGUCAAGAUGAAGAUGAACUAUAUACCAUAGGAUGAAAUUGUUCUGGAUCUUACCUGAGGAAGGUGUUACAAGUUUUCCAAUAAAAAAAUAAGACGAAGC